ACACACACACACACACACACAGACCGAGAUGCCAGCCGCUAGAGAACAGAAGGAGGAAUCGGAGUCAUCGUCUGAAGAUGAGCUAGAGAAGCUCCCGUGUGUCGCCUGGAGCGGUGUCAGUAAAAGGAUUCCCGUGAUCCUCUUCUGUGCAGAAGCCGUUGUGUCCAAAGAUGUGGCCAUCCAAUCUGUUGGAGAAAAAUAUAACUUGGGCUUCAAGAUUGUGCGUACGGAGAGUCGUCUUGUGCGUGGCCUGCUGGUCAAUCAUGGAUUCCAUGAGGUGCAUCCAAAUAGCAAUGAUUUUAACCUGAUGUGGACUGGCUCGCACCUGAAGCCCUACCUUCUGCGCUCUCUACAGGAUUUCCAGAAAGUCAACCACUUUCCCAGGUCGUUCGAGCUCACGCGGAAAGACCGGCUCUACAAAAACAUCCAGAGGAUGCAGCAAACCCACGGCUUUCAAAACUUCCACAUCGUACCCCAGACCUUUGUGCUUCCUACCGAGUACCAGGAAUUCAGCAGCUCCUUCAGCAAGGACAAGGGUGCGUGGAUCAUCAAACCCGUGGCGUCCUCCAGGGGCAGAGGCAUCUACCUGGUCAGCAAUCCGAGUCAGAUCCCACUGGAAGAGAAUAUCCUGGUGUCACGGUACAUCAGCAAUCCUCUGCUGAUUGACGAUUUUAAGUUUGACGUGCGUCUGUACGUGCUGGUGACCUCAUAUGACCCUCUCCUGAUCUAUCUCUAUGAGGAAGGGCUGGCCAGGUUUGCCACGGUGAAGUAUGACCACGCCACAGCAAACAUCAAGAACCAGUUCAUGCAUCUGACCAACUACAGUGUCAACAAAAAGAGCAGCGACUACGUCAGCUGCGAUGACCCUGAAGUAGAGGAUUAUGGGAACAAAUGGAGCAUGAGCGCAAUGCUGAGGUAUUUGAGGCAAGAAGGCAAAGACACCACAUUGCUCAUGGGCCAGAUCGAGGAUCUAAUCAUUAAAGCUGUUCUGAGUGCUGAGAUCCACAUCGCCACAGCCUGCAAGAUGUUCGUCCCUCACCGGUGCAACUGCUUCGAACUGUAUGGUUUCGACGUUCUCAUUGAUUCCAACCUCAAACCGUGGCUCUUGGAAGUGAACCUCUCUCCCUCAUUGGCAUGUGAUGCUCCUCUUGAUUUGAAGAUAAAGGCCAGCAUGAUCUCCGAUAUGUUUUCUCUUGUGGGUUUCGUGUGUCAGGACCCUUUAUCACGACAGCUGCGCACUGACAGAGCUGGGCUGGACUCGAGAGUGAAGAAUCCUACCCAGAAGCCUCAGCGUCAGAGACCGCCGUCCUCCAACAGUGCCGACCCAGAGGCUCAGAGAGAGACACACAGCGCGAGGCAAGCGGAGAGCACACUGGGCCUGACAGCAGAAGAGAUGAAAGUCCUGCGGAGGGUACAGGAGGAAUAUGACAGGAGAGGCGGAUUUGUUCGGAUCUUUCCUACUCCGGACACCUGGGAACUUUACAGUGUUUAUCUGGAAUACAAGACAUCUAUGAACGCCAUGUUGGCUAAUAAACUUUUCCAUGGAAGAUCUGUGGCCUCCUCCCGCUCAAGGUUAGUGGCGGAUGAUAAUGUCCAUCUGGUGGUGGGGGCCUUUUACACACAUCAUGUAGUUCAGUACGAAAGGAAGCUUCUGACUCUGGAGGCGCGGAAGCAGAAGCGAAGAGGAAGAAGACGAGCAGGCCUCAAACCCUCUCAAUCCCCUCACAUCAGUGAGGUUGAGGACAGGCUGGAGGAAGAGACCGAGCUGAAAUCAUCUCACACACACUCAAACCCUGCGUUGGAACAACGCUCACAACCCAGAGUCAAUCUGCUCCACAUUCUCCAGCAGGGAUGGGACCUCAGUAAAGUUCAAGCCCGCAUGGCGUUCUCCUCGUACCUGCAGCGUGUGCAUCUGCGCCUGCUGUCCGAGAGCAGAGCCCACAGAAGCCCGGCCUGGACUCAGAAGGAGCACGAUCAGAUGGAGCUGGUUGUUCGGUUCCUCCAGAGAGCCAGUAGUAAUCUUCAUCAGGACAUGUGUGUGAACGUGCCCAGCCGUCAGCUCGACCUACAGGACCGUCAGCGCAUCCUCUCACAUCAGCUGGCCAACUUCAUUCAUCUCUAUAAUGAGGAAACCAAGCACAUGGUGGAGAGUUUGGACAAGAUUCCCGAUGAAGAUCGCUGCAUCAACUCCGAUGUUUUCCAGGAGUUUAUUCUGGAGGCGAGUGAAAGUGACUUGGAGGAAGUCCUUACGUUCUACACCCAGAAGAAUAAGUCUGCCAGUGUGUUUCUGGGCACAAAGUGUCACACUAGCCGAGUCAAGAGGAGCAGUGAUGAGAACGGAGAGACAUCUGCAUUUAUCAACAUGGCCACCUCUGGUGGUUUAGAGAAUGCAGAUGCAAUCAGCAAGACCCAAAUAACAGACGGGACCGCUACUCUAACAGAAGACCAGGGUCAAAGUGAUGCAACCCAAAGCAGCACAGCGAAACACGGUAACACAAGCAAACGCAACUCCCUGCAAAACGGACACAUCAGAAGCAAAAGGCCGAGUGGAGACGAAGUGCAAGCCACCGCUUCGGCUGAGUCGAGAGAUAACACGGGCAAGACUCUCGCUUCUGCGGUCAGACACAGGAAAGCUCUGCUGAGAGCGGCGUACGCUCCAGCUGUAGACUGUGAACAGAUCGUCUUACAGCACUGUCUCCCAGAUCCUCCGCCGUACGUCGAGCCUCCUCCACAUCCACUGGCCAACAGCGCCUGCUCCAUCACACCUCCACCGCCUGGGUGUGUCACGUGGGCCUCGGCUCGCCACCAGUCCACACACACCGCUCACGUGUGCAGCCUGAGAUCCGCUCGCCCGUCCUCUGCGGGACACGUGAUCCAGAAGCCCAGUGUGAGUAAGUGCAGGCCUGUUUCUGCUGGAGUGCUGAAAGAGAAGGACCCGCUGUCGUCCCAGGCUCAGUGUAACCAGCAGGCCAUCGUAUCAGCUCUGCGUAAACUAGUGGAGAAGCAGGCGGCCCGCCAGUACAGCUCGUCCAGCCACAUCAGCCUGCUCACACAACACCUGACUAACCUGAACCUGUCGAACGGGAUCUUCAGCAGAGGGGGUCUGACAUUGGCUCCUGGGCUGCGACCCGGACCCGUGAGAGCCGUGCAUACAGACGCCGCCGCUGGGAACUCUGGGCUCAGAGCCGCGUGUGAAGCCGAGUGUGUGUGUGAUGGAGAAUCGGUCAGCGCUCGGAAGCAGUCGUCGGCCUCGGGAAGUUACCAGCUUCAGUUCGCCAUCCAGCAGCUGCAGAAGCAGAAGCAGCGAUCCCGACAACUGCUGGACCAGAGCCGCUCACGCCACCAGGCCGCUCUGGCGUCACACACCCUCAGGCCUGCAGUUUCAGCGCGAGCGUACGCUCCCAGCAUCCCCGUGAGCCAGCCAUUCACACACACCCUGAGUCCGGCGGGCAGCGCAGGCGUCCUCACGCUCACACCCAAACCUCCCAGCAGCGCACCGAGAGACGGACGCGUGCGCAAGACUCUCCACUCUCUCCACAAGAAAGCGUUAUUUGAGACUCCAGCCAGUCACAGCAGCACCAGUGGACAGCAUGUGGUGUAUGAGACGGUGUGCGCAAAGACAGGUCUGUCCGUGUACAGUAAACUCUUCCACGUUCAGGGCUCCAAGAACAGAUGAACGAGGCCAAAGGUCAACCGUACCAAUCAGCUGCUCUCUGGGAUACGUUACACACGUCCUCUUCUACACCCUCCAGCUGCUCAGAACAUGAACAUGAAGAGUUCAGCUCUUGACUUUACCUGUUUCUCUCUUUACACUGUCUUCUGAUAAUCAAUAUUUCCCCUCAAAUGCCUCCUAA